AUGCACGGGGCAAGAGGGCGAGAGGAGAAGGGAAACCGUGAAGGGGAGAGGGAGAGCGACGGCGACGGACGGCAGAGUUCGAGGGGAUCUCGUCGUCUGGGGUCUCGGUGGGUCGUGCUUCUGGACGGCGAGCAGGAAGGGCGGCGGGUUAAAAAGGGCCCAUCGUGCAAAGAAUUGAGCGAGGAGGAAAGGGGAUGGGGGGGAGGUGAUGUGCGAGUGAGAAAUCGAGAGCAAAGAGGGUGGUGUGAGAGGGAAAAAGUGGAUAAGAAAGAUGCCACGGGGAUUGGUGAAGGGAGAGGAUGGCGGACGAUGAAGGUUGGCGAUGCGAGUGAUUGUCGCCCAGCCGGUCAGUGCCAGCGAAAGCGUGCUCUCUUGAGUCUCUCCCGCCGCCCGCAAGGAGGGAAAAAUAAAAAUAAAAAUAAAAAUAAAAAAUAA